AUUAUCUCAGUUUCUAAAUCAGUGUUUCUUCCAGAUAUUAAUGAAUGCAGCAAUGGAAACCAUGUCUGUGACGUGAAUGCGAACUGUACCAACACUAGGGGCUCUCACGAUUGCACCUGUAAGAAAGGAUACGUUGGAAAUGGGACAUCGUGCCAAGCUGAGGAGUGUCUAAACUACUCAAGCCUGACCAGUGCCAACCGUAAAUCCACAAUCCCUCUAGCUGGGUCUCCUUUGUGCGACAAUUCAAUCUCUCUUGGUUGGUAUCGUUUCCAAGGAGCUGCAGGAACAAAAAUGCCAACCACUUGUCCACCUACUCAUAGGUGUGGGGCUCAUAUCACGAGCUGGUUAGAUGGUGUUCAUUCCACAGUGGCCGAAGGUCAGGUUACCAGGAACGUCUGCUUUCACUUGUAUUCAAAUUGUUGUCGAUGGUCCACCAGCAUCAAAGUGAGAAACUGUGGCUCCUAUUACGUAUAUUACUUCUCUGUUGUACCUGUGUGUUAUGCCCGCUACUGUAGCACAGACUAG